AUGGAGAAGGUUUUAAGAGAGGCCACAGCCGCAGCCGCAGAAGCAGGUGUGGGCGAGGGGGAGGGCGUAUCUGUGGGUCAACGGAUUCUCCGCGGUCUGGGGUUUGGGGAUGCUGACGUGUACUACCCCAGGGUGUUUGAGGGCGAGUGGGAGUGCCUAUCGCAGCUGAUAGCGGUGGAGACGCCCCAAGGCGAGCAGGCAGCGGACAGCCGCGCAGUGGCACAGGCACGGCGGGACAUCGGGGUCACACUGCCGUACCGCGCCCGCUUCUUUGACUUCAAUGGCAACGUUGUGGGGGACCGGGCUUACACCACCACUUCGCUGGUGGAGGCAACGAUGGGCAAGGGAGUGGUGGCGGAUGCUGAUUGGUCGCCCUCCAGACCCAACCAGCUCACCCUCACUCUCAAGGGAGGCUACAAGGUGCAAAGUGUAAUCACGCGGCGAUCAUAUGAGAUGUCAGCUCCCAACCAGUUUGACGUGUUUGAGUACUCACAGCAGGUGUUUGAUAACCUGAGUGUCUUGGACGGCCCUCCUUCUGUUAAGGCAUCCAGCAAUCUGACGCGGUAUCAGUGGGACGAGGCGGACAAGGCAACAGGGCAAGUGAAGGAGAUCUAUGCGUUUCAGCGGGUGUCAAUGUUCCCAGUGGUGGGCGGGGUGGCAGGGGAGGGCCAGUCGCGGCUCUCUGCAGCAGAUGUCAUCUCACUGGGCUUUGGUGAGAAGCCCGUUACUGUCUACAAGUACCUGCUGCGCCUCACACGCGUCUAG